GUCAUCAAAACCAAACAUCUUCACUGGCAUCAUUUCCAGGAUCCAUCAUUUUCACUCCUGUCCGAGCCAUAUUCCAUGCUCUUGCAAACCAAUCAAAAGUCCAUUAUUUGCAAAUUUUCGAGCCUUACAGAUGUGCCUGAUGCGAAGCCGGGAGUCCGAGUACGAAGCUAUGUCAUGUAACGUGUAGCAGAUCUGCAAUAAGAACAUUCCACAGACUAUACUAUGGAUCUCAAGCUUGUUUAAAAACUUUAAUCAAGAAGGUAUCACUUUAGACUUCACUUGGCCCUUCCAGCCAUCAUCAUUGUUAUGCGAAUACAUCGUUCGUAAUUGGCUGCGCGCGUGCGAGUGCGAGAAAAGACCCACGAGGAUGGAUAUUACGGGGGAAACAACGAAUUUAUAUUCUCCGAGAAUGAGGAUCAGCAUACACACUAACUCCCAUUGAACGUUCGAGUUUCAUCUUGGGCGUGGAACUGCCACCUUAAUAUCUUUGACUGCAGCUAAAAAUGGCAUGUCAAAACCAAUGCGAGGUCCGAGAAACACUUCAUUAUCGGCUCUACUUGCGGAUAGCUACCGUUGACGGCGUUCCGAUAUGCAUGAAGUCCGGCAUUGAUUCUCUAAAUUGUCUAAGAAGGGGGCCCAGCAACUUUCUUCAUCUGGUAGUGGGGAUCCGGGGUCUUUCGAUCCACGAUGAUGGCAGUGAUCACCAUAGGCAGUGCAAAACUCACUAUUUUGCUUGCCUUGUGCGAAUCGUUUCGUCGGACCGUCUUAUGAUAGGUUCAUCUAAUAUGAAAGGAUGGAAUUGAAGUGUUUUGAUACAAGGAGUCUUGGGUGAGAAGGGGGGUGUUCUAGAAGCUGUUGAUAUGAUAAAUACCUCGAUCUGCUGUUCAGGAACAAUAUCUACAACUCACUCACAUUCAAUCACUUCAAUUUCAAAUACACAUUUAUUAUACCUACAAGCAAAUAUGAGACUUAACGUUCUUCCUGCCACUCUAGCUUUUGGCUUGGUCACUGCUAGAGCUCACUACCACCAACACGAUGCCGCCAACGAGACUGAAGGUGUUUGGAUAGCACCUACCGAUACUGACUUUCGCGGUCCAUGUCCCAUGAUGAAUACCUUAGCAAAUCAUGGGUUCCUUCCCCGCGAUGGCAGAAAUCUCACGGAAUACAACGUUGUCAAGGGUCUCAACGAUGGUCUCAACUUCAACAAAUCUCUUGCAACAAUCAUGUUUCAACAAGCUAUACCAGUUAGUCCAGCUUACCCAAAUACGACCUCCUUCACUCUCGACGAUCUCAACCGCCACAACGUCCUCGAGCACGACGGAAGUAUAAGUCGCUCCGACGCCUACUUCGGCAACAACCACGUCUUCAACCAAACCGUCUUCGACACCACAAAAGUGUACUGGCCCUCUGAGGUCCUCACCGGUCAGCAUCUCGUCGACGGCAAACUCUUCCGACAAAUCGUUUCUCGCUCCACAAACCCCAACUAUACAUUCACAACCACGACGGAAGCAUUCAGUCUUGGAGAGAUGGCCGCGCCAAUCGUGGCCUUUGGUGAUAAAUUUGCGGUCACGGCAAAUAGAACUUUGGUUGAGAGUUGGAUUGAAAAUGAACGAUUGCCCACUGCAUUGGGAUGGAGUAAGCCAACCGAGGAGAUUUCUUUGGAGGAUAUCUCCUAUGUGACGCAGUAUCUUGGCAACCUCACUACGGUCUUGAGCGAUGCUGUUCUUACACCGAGAGAUCAAAGUACUAGUGCUCAUGCUAAACGUAUGGGUCAUUGGGGUAUUUCCAUGUAAAGAAACUUGAUAGGAGAUGCAGGGGGGGCAUAGCCCGGGUGAUCCGGGAUGAAACAUUGGGUUAAAUUGAAUGAACUUGCUUGGUGCGUAGGGGAACAUUGACUUCAUUUUUGUAUAUAGAUCUUAAAAUUUUGAAUGGAAUAGCUCCUAAGCUCGAACUUUCGAGCGUGGAUAACUUCGCUUUCUCAUGGCCCAAUUGAAUUAAGCAUUUUCA